GGAAAGUUUUCGAGACCUUUCUGUUGCCGUCUUCAAAUUCACUCUCUCCUUUUGCCUCUUUUCCUCUCUAAAGGCUAGCCUUUAUGUGGGAGAAAUUCGGGAUUCCUUAGACAGAUUUUCCUUCUCUCUCAGGAAACCAGGGUAAUUGUUACUUUUCUUCUAAAGCCAUCCAAGUAUAUACUUCGCCGAAUCUCAGUUUAUAGAGCACAACUCUCCAUCCACAUGAUGCAUGUGUUAUCUCGACCAUAGAUCACCGGUGAUCAAUUCUAAUUCUAAUUUAGUUUUUUUUUUUAAAAAAAGAAAUUCCUUAACUCUUUGAUAAGAUAUCAAUACUGCAGCGAUGUCUAUUUGCUUAGUCAAUCAUGCAUGUCAGCAUGGUAAAAAGGUUUAAGCAAUGCAUGCAAUCUCUUGGUUUGCUAGCUUUCAAUGCUCCACCAUUGUACCAUGCCCGCCAGAGAAGCAACCUACAAAACAAGGAAAAAAUCCUGAAAAAUUUUCUUUCUUAAUUCCAUCGUCCUACCAUUCAAGAAAAGAACUCUUCGCAAGAUAUACUUUCUUGUGUCUUCUCCUUGAAAGAUACUAUUUAUGGGUUGAAUCCAUCCCAUGACUUCACCGUCAGAAGAUCGUAUAAUUGUUUCAAGCUCUCCAAUUCUCUUAGAUCUGUUGAAAUGGAAGGACUUGUCCGAGGAAUAAGAUCUUGCCAGGAAACCCUCAGAGUUGCAAUUCUAAAGCAUCCCCGUGAUAGAAGAAACAUAUUUUCACGUUUUGGACGCGUUACAUCCUCUCUUCCAGUGCGAGAGAAAGGACUAGAGAAUCUAACAGUGGCAGAUGUACUGAUGACAAAGGGAGAAGACAAAAUUGGCUCCUGGCUGUGGUGCCGCACCACCGAUUCUGUCUAUGAUGCUGUGGAGAAUAUGGCAAAGAAUAAUAUUGGGUCAUUGGUAGUCCUAAAGCCAGGAGAACAAGAACUUAUUGCAGGAAUUAUCACAGAGAGAGACUAUAUGAGGAAGAUAAUAGCACAAGGGAGAUCAUCUAAAUACACAAGAGUCGGGGAAAUUAUGACUGAUGAGAACAAAUUAGUAACAGUGACAUCUGACACCAGCAUUCUACAAGCAAUGCAGCUGAUGACAGACCAUCAUAUUCGGCAUGCUCCGGUCAUAGAUGGAAAGAUAGUUGGGAUGGUUUCCAUUGUAGAUGUGGUUCGAGCUGUGGUAGAGCAGCAAGGUGGAGAAUUGAAGCGGCUGAAUGAGUUCAUUAAAGGAGAAUACUAUUAGAAUCUAACAAUAUCAAUGUAUGAAAGCUUCCUGCUUGUAAGGAUAAUGUCUUCAGAAUCUGUUUGGAUUAGGAUUUUUCUUUAAA